UAGGUUUUCCAUCGACCGGCACACUGACCUGGAGAGGCAAUUCAACAUUAACGCAGAUGAUGGGAAGAUAACGCUGGCAACGCCGCUUGACAGAGAGUUAAGUGUAUGGCACAACAUAACGAUCAUUGCUACUGAAAUUAGGAACCACAGUCAGAUAUCACGAGUACCUGUUGCUAUUAAAGUGCUGGAUGUCAAUGACAACGCCCCUGAAUUCGCAUCCGAAUAUGAGGCAUUUUUAUGUGAAAAUGGAAAACCCGGCCAAGUCAUUCAAACGGUGAGUGCCAUGGACAAAGAUGAUCCCAAAAACGGACAUUAUUUCUUAUACAGUCUUCUUCCAGAAAUGGUCAACAAUCCGAAUUUUACCAUCAAGAAAAAUGAAGAUAAUUCCCUCAGCAUUUUGGCCAAGCAUAAUGGAUUCAACCGUCAGAAGCAGGAAGUCUACCUUUUGCCAAUCGUCAUCAGUGACAGCGGGAACCCUCCUCUGAGCAGCACCAGCACGCUGACCAUCCGGGUCUGUGGCUGCAGCAGUGAUGGUGUUGUCCAGUCCUGUAAUGUGGAAGCUUACGUCCUUCCGAUUGGACUCAGUAUGGGCGCCCUAAUUGCUAUAUUGGCAUGCAUCAUUUUGCUGCUAGUCAUCGUGGUGCUGUUUGUAACUCUGCGACGACAUAAAAAUGAGCCAUUAAUUAUCAAAGAUGAUGAAGAUGUACGAGAAAACAUCAUUCGCUAUGACGACGAAGGAGGCGGGGAGGAAGACACGGAGGCCUUUGACAUCGCCACUUUACAAAACCCGGAUGGAAUUAAUGGAUUUUUACCCCGUAAGGAUAUUAAACCAGAUUUGCAGUUUAUGCCAAGGCAAGGGCUGGCUCCAGUUCCCAAUGGUGUUGACGUGGAUGAAUUUAUAAAUGUGCGGCUACACGAGGCAGAUAACGACCCCACGGCCCCGCCCUAUGACUCCAUUCAGAUUUAUGGCUAUGAAGGCCGGGGGUCAGUGGCGGGCUCCCUCAGCUCCUUGGAGUCCACCACCUCAGACUCAGACCAGAAUUUUGACUACCUCAGUGACUGGGGUCCCCGCUUUAAGAGACUGGGUGAACUAUACUCUGUUGGUGAAAGUGACAAAGAAACUUGACAGUGGAUGAUCAAUCAACCCAUGGAACUGAGCAUUCUGUAAUAUUCUAGGGUCACUCCCCUUAGAUACAGCCAAUGUGGCUAUUUGUUUUAGAGGCAAGUGUAGCACCAAUCAUCUAUAAACUCAACUACAUUUUAAUGUUGAACCAAAAAAAAUGGAUAAUAAAAAGUCUAUGUUAGGAGGUGAUAAAUCUUGUGGAGUGUGAAUUAAACUAUGUGGAGUGUCUAGAAGUCGUUGGAUAGUUGCUAUGUACGUGACCACACAGACAAAGAUGGGGAUCCUGGCUCACGCUUAGGGAAAAAACAUAGUUUUAAAAGAGGAAAAAAAAUCAAAAUUAAAAGGUGCUUUCUUAGACAAAAUGGACCUGCAAGGAAUUUGCUGCUGAGAUGUGUCUUCUGCAAGGAUUUUUAUAAAUGCGAAUGGUUUUUUUCCCCUUCACCAAUAAGGAUCCCGCCACACACGAUAAAGCAAUACUCGGUCGGCUGUACAUUCUGACUUUUGGGAGUUUGGGAAGGCCUCCUAAGAUUACACGGUACAGUGACCACACAUUGUACAUAAUUGUUGGCCCCACUCAUCAGAGACGGAAUAGCAUCUUUAAAUAUUGUGUCGAGCCUUAAUAAAAUAGUCACAUGUUCCUAAUCCAUUCCAAGGUGGGGUUUGCCAACGCAGUGGUGGGAGGAGAGAAAUCCCACGGAACAGGCUUGUUUUUAAGAAGCAGGAUUACUCCUUCCCUCCACUUCAUCUUGUUCCACAAGGACACAAAGAUAGACUAUGUCACGCAGUGGACAACGUCAGAGACAGAUGGUUUUAUUUGUUUAAUCCUCAAAAUAGAUAUUUUAUUGAUGCCCAUUCAUGCGUUUAUUUAUUAAGGUUGGUAACCUAUAGAUGAAGGGACUAUAUGGAGAAAAAAAGAUAAAUUAUAUCCAUUAAUAAUCCUUUAGAUUGUUUUAUAUAAAUAUAUAUAUAUAUAUACACACACACACACACACAAUGAAUGUUUAAUACAUGUACAUUUUGAUGAGAUGAGUAUGGCAGGCAAUAUUCUGACCAGGGAGCGAAUAGUCUCUUUAGUGUAGAAAGUGUUAUUGUGACUGGUGAUGGCAGGAACAGCAUUUUCCCAGAGAAACUUUUGGACUGUUUUCUAUUUUGUUCAUACUCCUAGUAUUUGGUGUUUUUACUACAAGCACAAACAUCUGAAAGUAUAUUGAUCCGUGUGAAUAUUUAAACUCUAGACUUUUAGAUACCUACAUAACGCCCUGCCCAACAGACAUGCUUCAAGUCACCCCACAAUGUUUUAGAGCAGGAACCGAUUUGUACAUAAUUUUACUGCUUCUGUUUUCAGCACUUCUCUCCCCGAUCCUCAUGGUGAGACACAGAACAUCUUAGAGUCCAAAAGAGAACAGCCCUAGCAGAUGUGAGCAUAUUCAAUUUGUAAUACCAACCAGACCUUUAGGAGUAGAGAAAUGUAUGGUACAACCGAACUACUACGACAUGCAGAUCAUUUUAAUUUUCUACUUUGCUUUAAUGCAAUAUUGUUUAUUUACUCCAUGUAUUGUAUUCAGAGAAACUCCUGUAUUGUUUCCUACUUUGUGAAAUAUAUUUUUAUAAAUAC